AUGAGUUGCUCAGCAGACCCUUUCCAUCUUCCUUCUAAUUCUACAAUGAUACAAACACAAUCAUUGGAUCCAACACCUUCUAAUUAUUAUCAAAAUAUUCAACAUUCACAAACAUUCCAACAAAGAAUUAUUGGGAAUGGGGGUGGGGGAAUGCAUAAUCAACAACAGCCUUCAACAGCUUCUUCCCAUCAAUUUAUUCAACCCAAUUAUGAAGCUCCCAAUCAUUUACACGGUCUUUCCUCGAUGACAGUUUGUCCCAUGGAUCAACAACAGAAUCAAUUAUUCUCUUCCGAUCCCUCAGUUCAUCACCAACAUCAUCAUCAUUGGUUAUCAAUUAACAAUUCUUCUUCAGUACUUCCUUCGCCUUCCACAGUAAUUGGAGGAGGAAAUGACGGAGGAUUCCCUUCUCAUUUAGUUGAUUUUUAUGGAAAUCCUAAUUUAAAUAACCACCAAAUAAUCCCUUUAAAAGAAGAACAACAACCAACAAACGAAAUUCAAAAUAAUUCAACAUUUCCAAUGUCCUCUAAUAAUAACCCUCCCCCUCCUUCCUCCUCAAAUAAUUCUUUUAUUGUAAAUACACCCUCUACAAUACCUAAACAAGUUAAAAAACGCGGUCCUAGUAAGUUUUUCUAUUAA